AUGAUAACCACUGGUUUGGCCGGUGCCGACACACAGGUGCACACAUACGCCAGCACUGGCACACUCUUAGACCUGAGAAACACGAAACGAGUGGACGAGACGGAGGAGAAUUGGCCAAAAGACGUGACCGCCGCCAUGAGAAUGGCAGACAAUACGGUAUAUCUAUUCCGGGGCGAGAAGUACUGCAAACGAAGUUGGAAAUGCAAAGAUGGUGAUUGUUGCAAAGAAUGGAAAAACGCGAUGAAUCUGUUCCACUGUCCGGGAACUAAAGAAAGCGAAUCCAGAAAUUAUAAGGACAACAAAAAUGGUGACCAAAACGAUGGCGAAGAGGAGACCGAAUUGCAGAAACCCAAAGCGAAACCAACGGAAGAGCCGCCACCGGAACCAAUAACUGAAGAACCAAUAAAAAAGCCUAAUAUAAAGCAGUCAAAGAAGACAACUGAUCCGCCAAAUGAUGACGAAGACUAUGUGGUGAAAAAGGAUUCAAAGAAAUCGCGUAAAAACGGCCCGAGACCUGACCAAAUACGGCCGACACCCAGACGUAGACAUUAG